GAAAUAUCACAAUACCGCGCUUAUCGCCCUCAACAUUCAGUAUAAGCACACAUCCAUCGCAGCCGAGUGGAAGCUGAAAGUGUUCUCCCAAAAUGGGGUUCUGAGCCUUGCAUUAUGGGAAUCGAUGAAGCUGGUCGCGGCCCUGUUUUGGAUUCAAAGACUUUGAAAGAAGAGAAGAGGGAAGAGCUAUUUGAAAAUUUGAAGGCAGAUGAAAGCAUUGGGUGGGGAGUUGAUGUAAUCGAUCCGAGGGAACUUUCAGCUAAAAUGCUGAAGAAAAAUAAGAUCAACCUCAAUGAGAUAUAUCAUAAUUCUGCAAUUGGUCUCGUUAGGAGGGCACUAAAUACUGGAGUCCUUCUUACAGAGGUUUAUGUGGAUACUGUCGGAGAUCCUGAGAAGUACCGGACCAAACUGAGUGAUAUAUUUCCAUCUAUAAAAUUUGUGGUUGCAAAAAAAGCCGAUAGCCUCUAUCCAGUUGUUAGUGGUGCAAGUAUUGUUGCAAAGGUCACGAGAGAUCGAGCAUUACGGAAUUGGGUGUUUGAUGAAAGCGCUGAAAACAUGCAGAGGAACUUUGGAUCUGGAUACCCUGGUGGGAAGCAGAUGCAACAGAUGAAGACGAUUCCUCUGUGAAGACUCGAAAGAAACAACUGAAACUGAGCAGUGUUGGUUUUACUGGUAUGAAGAGGAGCAGUGAAGAAAUUGAAUCAAGUGGUAAAGGGCGCUGCAAGUUUUUCCAAGCACGGAAACUUGAACAACUUUCUAAGUUUUGAGA